AUGGAAUCUGAAAAUACCAUUAACAACCUAUACCACUCUGACAAUAACACCUUGGAUUCGGACGAUCUUUACGAGGCGAAUACACAUCAGCCUACGCUUGCAGAGCAUCAAGCAGUGGAUGGUUAUCCUAUGUCAUCAUCUUCUGUUGAAAAAAGCAAUCAAAAUCAUUAUACCAGCGACAGCAGCAGCGAUGAUCAAGCUAUCCAUGAUGGUGAUGAUGUGAACGUUCAAGCACCACAAGGACCUGAGGGCAAUACAAUGUUCAGGAAUUGGGACGAUGAUGAUGAGGAUGAGGAAGAUGAUCACCGGAUCAACACAGGGUUAGCGUCUAUCGUAGUGAAUGUCACCGGCACCAAUGGAACAGUCAAUGUGCACGCAAGCCAUGCCGACUUUAUUGUUCUCAAUAUCGAUACCAAUCGUGGUACAAUCUACGUGGAUGCGAGGGACACAAGCAUUGUUAUCGUGAACAUUGUCAACAAUUACGGCAUUGUGAGAACGAUUACAGCUGAUGCAAGUAUCAUUCGAUUGAACAUCAACAACACCCACGAUGGAAUAGUCGUCUGCACAAGAGAUUAA